UACACAAAAUGUCCUUGAAGAUGUACUCAAGCUUUAGCAACAAAGGUCCGAAAUUCUCUCCCAAGAAAAGCCCAUCCCAAGACCGACUCAACGUAGAUAUCUCAAUAGUACACAAGCCUAAGCCUAACAAAAAGGACCUUGCUAAGUCCAGCUCAAGAAGCAUGAUUCGAAAGGAUAAAAGUGUUGACAGCUGCAGGAAAUAAGAAGAGGGUCAACACUUGCCUGAAACAGAUGAGUCCAAAAUUAAAGAAAAUAUCCCAAUUUUUAACUCCAUAUCAAGAGCAUAAAGAAGACCUUGAAGAAUACAACUCUUUCUCAGGGACAAAAAGACCUCCUGUCUUCCUCCCAAAGCCCUCUGCCCAGCCCCAUAAAGAAAGCGAAGCCCUUAAAAAGCAGAAGGAGAACUUCCUUGAGCUUCUAACGUACCUUAAGAAUGCUAAAAAUCGAAGGAAGAAUAGUACCAAAAUUGGCAAGAACUCUACCAGCUUUAACCGCCGUAGAGCCUCGAAGCAACAAGUCAGUAAUAUCUCUAUUGUGCCAGAGGGGGAUAGAGAGAUUAAGACUGAUGAUAAGGAAUCCCACAGAAGUCUGGCUGUGAACAAGUCCUUACAUCUUAAGUUAGGACGAAAGAAUGCAGUCACUCGUAUCAGGAAACGUAGCAGUAAAGGAUUCCGAAGUAUUAGAGAUAUUAUAAAAUAUCCUUACCAAGAUGAUUACGUUGAAAUGCCACCUUCGACUUUGUUAAAAAGUGGAUUGAGGAGUUAUUCUUCAGUCUCUAGGAACAAGAUUUCGCGGACUAAAGAUGAUAAAACUUUGUAUGAUUCAAACAACUUAACUAGCAUCAAUAGCGUCAGAAGCCACAUAACUAAUCCUUAUGAAGAAAUUCAGAUGAAACGGUCAUUUUCCAAAAAUCGUAUGAAAAAGCUUCCAAAGCUUGAAAAAUCAUCAGAAGAUAUCCUUGAGGACAGAAUAAAUAGCCUAACUAGAUGAUUCUCUAAAGAAUCUAGCAAAAAUGAACCUAAAAUUUUCCUAAAAAGAGGAAAAUCUAUGGACCAGAAUGUUAUAAUGAUGAGGAAGUUUGCACAGAGAUAUGAAGAGCUCUUAGCUCUCAAGCCUGCUACAAAGAAGAUUAAGCUCUCCCCUAAUCAAAAACAGUUUAUUAGAGAUUGUAAAAAGUGGCUUAAAAGAGCUCUCCAAGACCCAAAUCUUCUUCAAAAAGAAGACUUUGUUGAUGAGUUCAAGUGGACUCAGACUGAUGAUAUUUUCAAAGGGCAGCACAAUGGCCUCAACGCUCAAGGUCAUGGAGUCUGAUUCACUCGGACGAAUAAUCUCAUUGAAGGAAUCUUCAAAGAAAAUACUCUCACAAAAGGAAUAGCCAAGAUUCUGUAUUCUAACGGGGAAUAUUUUUCUGGAGAAGUCACCCAAGGAGGACUCAAGAACGGCAAAGGCACUUACUAUUACUCGAAUGGGGAUAGAUAUGAUGGCCAAUUCCUAAACGAUAAAAGAAUUGGAAACUCAAGGCUCAUCUUUGAUGAUAAAUCAGAGUACAUCGGCCAGUUCAUCGACGAUGAAGCUGAUGGACAUGGGAUUUACACAGACCCACAAGGCAACAGAUAUAUGAGUAUCUCAGAAACAAUGGACAGAACCUCUGACCAUCAUCAGGAUGGAGGCAGUGGCCAUUUCUUGAGAGGCAGGCUCUAUGGUAAAGGGGAAAUUCACUUCAAAAAUGGUGAUCACUAUUCUGGCCAAUUCAAAGCAUCUAAAAGGCAUGGAGAAGGCACAAUGACAUACAAUGCUCCUAUUUCAGAAGUCGACUUCUCAAAUCUUGGAACUUAUUAUGGGAAUUGGGUCAAUGACCAAAGGCACGGUAAAGGAGAAAUGGAAUUUACAGACGGAACAUCUUUCACUGGAAAAUGGAACAACGAUGAAAUGAGAUAUGGGGAGUACAAAAGACCUGGGUCAAUCAUUUAUAAAGGCCAUCUGUCAAAUAAGAAGUACCAUGGCAGUGGUAAGAUCACCCUCAACUCAGGUACCACGAUCCUCGGAGAAUUCUGAAAAGGAGAAUUUCCAAAAUCAGGAACAAUUCUAUUCCAAAAUGGCUUGAAAUUUGAAGGACUAAUAGAAGAUACUCAAAUAGGCGAUAAGGGAAAGCUAACUUACAAGAAUGGAGAUAUUUAUGAAGGCUUCUUCAAGAACAAGAUGAGAAAUGGCUUUGGGACUUUUCUCGAAGCAAAUGGCAAUAAGUACGAAGGGAGAUGGGAGAAAGAUCAGCAACAAGGAGAAGGCAAACAGUUCUUAAAAUCUAAAUAAGGAGUUCUAUGAAGGGGGAUUUAACUCUGGUAAAAGACAUGGCUUCGGGCGGUAUAUUAAUCAUAAAGGUCAGCUGUACAUUGGAGAAUGGAAUAAUGGAAAGAAGAUAAACUCUAAGAAAUAUCAGGAUAAUGCUAAAGAUCUUGAGUGUGUAAACUGAAUAGUUUCUUCUGAAGAGUAUCACGAGGUGAUCAAUAGUUUCCUCUCUCCAAAAUCUUCAACAGGAAUGGAGGUCAAAGUUUUUCAAUAAUUUUUACAAUCUAAAACAAUUUCAAUAUAAA